GGCUCCCUUGCGUGUCCGAAAGCGGAACGAGGGGCAGCAGCGCCCGUCAUGGCGGCCGGCAAAUGGCCCAAUCUGCCGCCCAACGUCUUGGAGCACAUCUUCUCGUACCUGGACCUGAGCUCGUCGCGGAGCUGCUCGCUCGUCUGCAAGAGCUGGUACGUGCUCCUGAACGACGAGAACAACGACGUGUGGCGCAUGCACUGCGUGCGCAAGCUGGCCGAAGAGGCACUGAAGUCGGACCUGCUCUGGAGCGUGCCCAGUUGCAAGGCGAAGCUGCGCGCCUUGUACCAUGCGUGGGACCCCCGCGAGUGCUCGCGGAACAUCUACAUCAAGCCGAACGGCUUCACGCUGCACCGCAACCCCGUGGCGCAGAGCACGGACGCGGCCAAGGGGAAGCUGGGCUUCGCCGCGGGCCGCCACUGCUGGGAGGUGUGGUGGGAAGGCCCGCUGGGCACGGUGGCCGUCGUGGGCAUCGCCACCAAGGAGGCCCCGCUCCAGUGCCCGGGCUACGUCGCCCUCCUGGGCUCGAACGCCGAGUCCUGGGGCUGGAACCUGGUCGACAACCACCUGCUGCACGACGGCGACAGCCAGGGCAACUACCCGCUCCUCAACAACGCACCCAAGUACCAGGUUGGGGAGCGAAUUCGGGUGAUACUGGACUGCGAGGACAACACCCUGGCAUUCGAGCGGAACUACCAGUUCCUCGGGGUGGCCUUCAGGGGGCUCCCGGACAAGAAGCUGUACCCUGCAAUCUCGGCCGUCUACGGCAACACGGAGGUAUCCAUGGUGUACCUGGGACACCCGCUGGACGGUUGACGCUGGCCCAAGCACCCCCUCCCGGGUGCACGCCUCGGCUGGAGUCCUCGCUGCCAGCUUUGUCUAGCUGCACUGGUUUCGGCAGUGUGACGUGCUCUCUGCAGAGGAUGCAGUGUCCUGCCCGGUCUGCCAAGCAAGGGAGCCGCGUCCGAUCUGCCUGCUUUCCAGCAGACGACGGACCAGCUGGCCCACAGCAAGCUGACCCAAGGCAGCAAGCCGACUGCAGACGGCCGUCGUACGCCGGGGGUUCUGCCGGCAGGCCCCAAAGCUGCGACAGUGUGGUGUGGCUGCCGUGUGGGACGAGGCGUCUACUAGGACAAAUACACUAAUUGGGGAAGCACUUUCCCGGAGGACUGCCGACGUGGCAGGUGCAACGACAAACUCUGCAGAAGAGGAGGACGUGUGAAGGCUCGUCGGUCGUAGAUCCUUUUUAAUUUCCUUUGUUGGUGUUUUGCGGCUUCUACACACCUCCCUUGUGCAGCAGCGUUUUUGCUCCGGGACUGUAUGGAACUGCUGCUUAUUUAUUGCCCUGUGCGGUUGUCCGAGUCCAUGUGCUCGACCACCAGGGCUUGGGUGUGAAUGAUACUAUAAAACCAAGUUGUGCUA